UCACACCCGCAUCUGCAACACCCCCCCAUCAGAGCCGGCACCGACAAUCGCAUACGAUCUGCCAUUGCCAAGCACUCCAGAUGCCGUUCCAUGCACUCAUCCUCGGAGACGGAAACUUCUCCUUCUCCCUGGCGCUCGCCCGCCUGAUCUUCCAGCCCAAGACCGGCGAGGAAGAUCUGCAGCGCAACGCCCUGGCCUACCUGUCGCUGCCGUAUCCGAGCCCAAUCCCGACCUCGCAGAUCUUCAUCACGACAACGUCCUUUGAUGGGCACGAGCAACUCGUCUCAAAGUACCAUGAUGCCGAGAGCAUCCUUGCGGCCCUGGGCGAGUUCGAGAACGUCAAGUCGCUGCAUGGCAUCAAUGCCUGGGAACUCCUCAAGCACUUUGGCCCGGCUGCCGAGGGCGACCAGCUGCAGUACCGGUACUUCCAGGAGGGCGGCUUUGACCGCAUCAUCUGGAACCACCCGCACCUGGGCACCGAGGACUUUCGUCUUCAUCGCUUCCUGAUGGCCCACUUUUUCGAGAGCGUCGCCAGCGUGCUGAAGCAGCCCGGAUCCGAUCUGCCCGACAGAGAGGAUCGGGCUGACGAGGGCCAGGUCUGCGUCUCUCUCGUUCAGGGCCAGGAGGUGCGGUGGGAUCUGGUCGCCCAGGCCGCCCGGUCCAACCUCGGUCUGUUCUCGUUCGACCCCUUUGACGAACGACACUGGCCCGGAUACCUCUGCAAGCGAAACAACACCGGUCAGACCUUCAAGAACCUCAAGACCCAGCGCCGGAUGGACUCGGAGAUGAAGAGCCAUGUCUUUCGCUUCGGCUUUGGCCCGUCCAGGGUCACGGCGCCAUCGCACUCGAUCACUCCCGCGGCCGCCCCGCUCCCAACUGAGGUGCCGGUGACGGCAACGCUCCUGCCGGAUGAGAUCAUUGCCUCGCCUGCUGCCCCGGCCAGCAAGGUGGUCUGCCGGGACUGCGGCCGCCCCUUCAACUCGGAGCGAGGCCUCUCGACCCAUCAACACAUGGUCCACAGCCUCAAGCUCUACGGCAACGACUGGAACGACGUCGAGGCCAACCAGCACUCGUGCCCCGUAUGCUCAAAGUCGUUCCGGAAGGCCUCGGAUCUGUGGCAGCACCGGGUCAACAAACAUACCACCGUUGACUCGCAGGAGCUGCCCAAUGUGCCCUCCAACAACCUCACCCAGGAGGCUGAGGACGAGUACGACUACUAUCCGUGCACGACCUGCGGCCAAGCGGUUGUUCGCCGCGACUGGGGGAUGAUGUUGCAUCUCGAGACGCUCAAGCCCGCCAUUGGUCUGACCAUGACCUGCCCGCUCUGCAGCGAAAGUUUCAUCGAGCAGCGAGCGCUGUACCAGCACUACCGGUACUGUCGCAUCCAAAACGGGCUGGAUGCCGGCUCGGUGCAGAAUCUCCCUGUCGCUCCGCCGCUCUGGCGAGCACGAAAGGACGAGGUCGUCGGCCGAGGAAAGAAGAAGGACAGCCAGCGGGAGAAGCGACGGAAACGCGAGCUGGCCGAGGCCGAGAUGCUCAAGAAGAUGCAGGACUUGGCCCUGGAGACUCCGGAAGCAGCGGAGGAAGAAUCAGAGUAAUGGCGCUGGCGGUUCCUGGCUUGCGGGACAUGUUCAUGUCUUCCAAUACAUGUAUCUGUGGUACACUGUACACAUGGCAAAUGGGACAGCUGCCCACAACCCAUUUGUCGGCGUAGCAUGCGAUAGCAUGCGUCUAGCUACGCCAUAAGAAAUAGAACAGAUCACUUUGGC